GUAUAAAUUCAAUAAAGCAGCCGAGAAAGAAUUUUUAUUUCUAGAUCGUGUGAUAUAAGGAAGUAAGUAAAGAUUGAUUGUUUUAUUUUUUUCUUUGACAUCCUGUCCAUCCUAUAUCAAAUGCUGUGUUGUGACUACAAUGUAGUAAGAUAAAAAAAUUACCAGAACAGUUAAACAACUUAAAUUGAAAUGUGGACAUAAAGAUUUCUGCUAUUAAGCAUGUCUAGACAUUUCAACAUUUUGUUUUUUGCUUUUCUGCUCUUCUACUGUAUCAUCUGUAUUCAUAAGCAAGUUAUUUUGUUAUAAUAUUAAUACUGUUACAUGUCUGUCAAGUGGAAACAAGAAGAAGUGAAUAUCGUGAACCGUUUAAAGUCAAAUAAAAAAUAAACUGAUGUUACAUCAGCGGAAAUCUAUUUAUUAGAAAUGCCAUGAAAAUUGGUUUCUGAGAAAUGAUUGUCAAAUUAAUAAAGACAAGAGCAGACUGCAGCUAUCAUGUUAGCUUGGCCACUGAAAAUCACAGCAUGCAUACAUAUGCAUAUGUAUGCAUGUGCAGAGUACCUCAAACAUCAUUGGCAGGGCAGCAAACACAUCUUGUUUACAGCAAGAAAAAAAAAUAAAGAAAACAGUGAGUCCAUUGCCAAAGCUAAACUGAAAUAAGAGAAACAUUGCACAUCUUGAAGCAUCUCAAAAGUCUCAAACCACAUAACCAUAUAUACACACAUUGCAACUAGCAACACACCUGUUUAUGUGCACUUUCAGUCUCCGUCAUGCAGUCGUGCAACUUCUCUGCUACAUAACGACUCAUAACCCUCCUUUCUGAAACCAGUGCCGGAAGGGAGUUGGCUCUUGUGAAAUAUAAUUUAGCCUUUAUUUGAUUUGCAGAAACCUUGCUUGUUGUUCUGCACAUGUGAGAAUAUUCAUAAACCACUCUAACUCACCAUCAUCAAUUAUUUGCAAGCGGAAUAGGUGGACAAUUGUGCCAUGGAUCACAAAAAAAUAAGCAACCAAAUGUCAUUUAACAGCUUAAUAACAGAUUUAACAAGAUUUGUGCAUAUAUCGUCGACUACUUCUAUCAAGAAAGAGCUCUAAUAAAUGAAUCUACAGUAUCAUGAUGUCCUCCCAAAAUGCCUCAUUUGCUGGGGUUCACAACUUCAAUUGUUCAGACCAAACUGCAGAUCGAAAGUGGGAAGAGAGCAUGAAUAAACUUUACACCUAUGUCUACCUGUUCAUCUUCAUCCCAGGCAUACUAGGGAACAGCAUCGCACUCUGGAUGCUAUGUCGCUUUAUAAGUAAGAAGACUAAAGCCAUCAUCUUCAUGAUCAACCUAGCCAUCGCUGACCUGGCCCAUGUCCUGUCCUUGCCAUUGCGUGUCUACUACUACAUCACUCUCACCUGGCCAUUUGGAAAGGGGCUGUGCUUGCUCUGCUUCUACCUGAAAUAUCUUAACAUGUAUGCUAGCAUUGUCUUCUUGGUCUGCAUUAGUAUCCAACGCUGUGCUUUCCUGAUGCGCCCAUUUUGUGCUAGGCAGUGGAAGCGGCGAUAUGAUGUUCGCAUUAGCAUAGUUGUGUGGUUGAUUGUUGGUUGUUGCUGCUCUCCCUUCAUCUUGAUGAGAAACAUCUCUCAAACCCCACCUCACACAACCUCCACCCCAGAGAACACAACAAAGCACAAUGAAACCUGCUUCAAGGACUUGCCAAUGAGGAAACUGAGCUUGAAAAUAGCAGUGACCAUAAUGUCCUCUGGUGAGCUCCUGGGUUUUGUGGCCCCACUGACUAUCAUUAUCCUAUGUUCUUAUUUCAUCAUGCGUUCUUUAAAGCAGAGCUUGGGGCCUAGUGUCUCAGUAAAUGAGAAGAGAAGGGCCUUGCGCAUGGUCUUAGUGUGCACUGGCGUGUUCCUCUUCUGUUUUGCCCCCUACCACAUCAACUUCAUAAUGUAUAUGAUGGUUUCACAGGACAUCAUUACCCAGUGUUCUUUACGGCAGGCAGUUAAACAGUUCCAUCCAAUCUCAUUGUGCAUUGCCAGCCUCAACUGCUGCCUGAAUCCACUCAUAUACUAUUUCCUAACCACAGAGUUCCGGCAGCAGCUCAGUCGACAGGGCAGCUCUAUAUUAAGAGGGCGGCUGAUGAGUAUGGAGAGCACCUCCUCAUAUAGAGAAGCACCUUCCUGAUGGCCACAGAAAUACUUCCUCUCACAGAAAAGCACUUCUGUGAUGAACAUUGAGAGCAUUUCCUCCUACAUAAAAACAUUUCCCUGAUGACCAUGGAGAGCACCUCUUUAUAAAGAGAAGAACUUUGCUCCCUAUAUGAAAUAAGCUCCCUUAUACAUUUUAAUGACAUCUUCAGAUAUGAACUGGUAUCUUGAACUGUGACUUCUUAAAGCUUUAUUUCUGCUCUAAAUGGUGAAAGCUGCAUCAUGACAUUGGAGAUGAAGAAUGUUGCCUGAAGAUUAAUUUUUUAAAGUCUGCUACUACACAAUACAUUUUAAGUUCAGCUCAGAUGCUAAGAUACAGUAUAUAAGAUGAAAACAGAAAUCUAUAAGAUGAAAACAAAAGAAAUUGACAGAACAAUUGUUUUUUUGCAACAAGCAGUAAAACCCAUCAAACAACAUCACUAUUAGACAGUGAUAGUUGAAGGUACAGGAAACCACCAGACCAAAGCCAGACUUGGUCAGAAACAUACUACGUUCUACAUCUAAAUGCAUUAAAGAAAAUAUCUGUAUUCAAAUGCAUGCCUUUUGUUACCAUCCCUGAUAAAAUAUGCUCACAAAUAAUGUAAAUAAGGACUUAUAGAAAGUGUACAUGUUUAAGAUAAUACAAAGCUGAAUAGAGCAGUAUCUUGUGUCAUAAAAUCACUGACCCUAGUGUAAUAGAUACAUUCAACCUAGAGGUAUUUUGAUGUUGUAUUGUUGUGUUCUUAUGGUGUAUUCAAAUAAAACUUUGUAUUUCAAAUAUGUAUCUUUAUCCAAAGUUAUGUACUGAAACUGAAAUGGUUGUAAGCAUCAGUGUUACGAGAAGCUGUAAAUAAAAUAAGUAGUGCAUGGUUAA